AGAAACCCUCGGCAAAGACACUCUCAGAUGUUAGUCAAUAUUCGAAGUGGAUUUAGCCCUAGGUUGCUGGGUAACUGUCUUGAGGUUUGCUAGUAAAAUAUUUGCUUUUUUAAACCUGAAAGAAACCAAUCUUAUCAGGAGCAAGCGAGUGAUCGACUGUUGGUUGACAAUUUCUUGCCAUGACGAAUGCAGCCAAYAUGCAGAUUACCAUGAUAAAAGAUGUCCUUCGGGAGCUCAUCAUAGACAAGCAUGGAACAGAUGGAUGGAGCAGAGUUCAGGGGAAAAUUGGACAAUUAAAGGAAUUCAAGUCGAAGGAACGCAGCGCUACCACCGAUGGUUCUAAUAACAACACGUUGUUUGGCGAUUCCCUUGAUUUUACGCGGGAAAUUAUAAACAUCAUAUCGCAAGUACUUGGACAAAAUGUUGAUGACCUCCUACGCGAACUUGGGCGGGCCACCUUUCUCAUGUUUUUGAAACUACCACAAGGAAAGAUCCUUCAAUCCCUAGGAAGUUCCCUCUGUGAUUUCUUGAAUAAUAUCGAUAAUUUUGUGGAUAUUGUUGUCCAAGCACAGCAACUAAAUGACGCAAAGCCACCGUCGUUCAGAUGUGAUGUAUGUGACGACGGCGAGUCAUUGGAGUUGCACUAUUACUCGAGAAGAAAAGGAUGGGAUACCUGUGUUAUAGGAGCAGUCACCUGUGCAGCUAAAGUUUUAUUUCAUCAAACAGUGACAAUGGACAUCAAAAAGGACACUACAAAGCCGUCGAGUGGCAAUAUGGAUCAUACCGUAUUUGAAAUACGUCAGGAAAGCGAGAAUUUCACAAUUAAGAAGUCUUUGUGUUCCACGGAUCCACAUGAACUUGCAAUCAGCGUUCCAACUCUGUGUUGCGCGUUUCCUUGUCAUGUAGUUUUUGAUCAUAAUAUGGAGAUACAGCAGCUUGGUGUAACGAUAUUACGACUAAUAGGACAUGCUCUUACUCAACACGGGACUUCAAUGUGUACAUACUUUGAACUAAUUUCACCUGACAUCAAUUUUACGUUCAACUCAAUACUUAACAGGAUCAAUGGAGCGUUCUUAUUAAUGCUUAAAUCCACUUCAGYGGACGAUAAAAAAGCCUCGAUGGAACUUAAAGGKCAAAUGAUACAUCUUCCUGAAUCAAACUGCAUCCUCUACCUUGCUUCACCUUUAGUGAAAAAGUUGGAACAACUAAAAGGGCGCGGAUUGUUUCUGAGUGACAUACCGAUUCACGAUGCUACUAGGGAUCUUAUUCUUGUAAGCGAGCAGGCUCAUGCACAGGAUGGCAUYAAAARRAGAAUGGAACAACUUCAAAUUCAGCUUGAAAAAGCUUCCACGGAGCUCGAGGAAGAAAAGAAAAAGACUGAAGAUUUGCUGGGUUCGAUAUUUCCUUACGAUGUAGCCCAGAAGUUAAUCAACAAACAGCAUGUUCCCGCGCGUUUUAUUGAGAAUGUGACAAUGCUUUUUAGCGAUAUCGUUGGCUUUACGUCUAUUUGCGGGAAAUGCACAGCCAUGGAAGUCGUUGAAAUGUUAGAAGAUUUAUAUACAGAGUUUGAUAAGCUAUGUGGAGAAUUAGAUCUGUACAAGGUCGAAACGAUUGGCGAUGCGUACGUAGUUGCGGGUGGCGUGCAGAAAAUGCAUGGUACAGCUCAAGAUGGAUACCGAGUCGCAAAAAUGGCUCUUGGUAUGAUUGAUUUCCUAAAGAAUGUCCUGUCACCUGAAGGAGUUCCACUCAAGAUGCGAGUAGGUAUCCAUACUGGAUCUGUGCUUUCGGGUGUGGUAGGAACUAAAAUGCCUCGUUACUGUUUGUUUGGACAUGAUGUUACCAUAGCGAACAAGAUGGAAACCGAAAGUGAAGCAGGACGGAUCAAUGUCAGUCCUACAUCUUACGAGCUUAUCCGUCAUCGCAACGAUUUGAAAUUCAUCCGACGACCAAGAAGCUCACUUCCAGAUGGGUUCAAGAUGGACAAACUAUCAGGCAGCUGUUACUUUCUGGAGAGAAGACUUCCAGACAUCUCCGGUGAGGAUGUUCUAUGGAAGAAACUCCAGUCAGUGCCGAGAAAAAGACGAGACGUUUCGCCAACCAAGGCAUCAAGACAUCAACAAAGCGAGAACUGUGCAGUCAGUAGCAAAGAAAAGACUUUAGAAGCUGAAAGCACUGUUAGAAUGAAUGGUAUCAGUUUACAAAAAGAAACCGACGAGUUAGAAUUAAACGAAAACGAAGAUGAAGUGUUUCACAUUCAAAGUUUUAAGGAAACAUCAGUUUAAAAUCGGAAUCAUUAUAAAAAGCAUCUUAAAAAUGCAAAAGAAAAAUACAUCUUGGCUGGCCAAGAAACUAUUUUAUAUACAGACCAUUAAGAAAAUGUCAUUAUUUACAGAGGACAAUAUCAGACUUGUAUCUUUAUAACAAGGAGGCGGCAAACAUUUUUAUGUGGUAAAUUUGGUAUAUUUAUCAUUCUAUAAGCUUUUGAAAAGUACAUUCAAAAUGUGCGAAGAGAAUUCAAAAUGUAAUUAUCAAAUGAGAUUUGAUAUGGUAACACAACAGAAUAAAUGGGAAUGCCAGGACAAGGAAAAAAAACUUGAAGCCUCGCUACUGAGACUGAUGUCUUUCCGAGUCCUUAGCCUUAAUUGAUGUGACGCUUAGGAACAUCAAAACGCUGUACAAAGGAUAAAUAAAUAAAUAAAUAAAUAAAUACGCUUUUACACGGAUUUGGAAGUAAA